UAAUGACAUAUCUGCGGUAACACACUCAUCAAUAACAAAGAUGGCGACUUUUAUCAAAGGGAAAGGAGUAAAUUAAAAAGACCAUUUUUAAAUUCAUGUUUAUUCAUUAACGACUUACGAAACAAUCAAUGAAAUAUGGAUAGUUGACAGUUCCAACCAAAACUAGUGGAGUGCACGUACAUCAAAAAAGAGUCAUGUUCAAGUCAGCCAGUCAAGAAGAAAAAGAACAGUUUAUGCGAAAAGCAGUGGAAAUCAGUGAAGAAGGCGCAUCCUCUGGGCUUGGACUACCAUUUGGGGCUGUAAUUGUUAAGGAUGGCAAAGUUAUUGCCGAGAGUCCAAAUCGAUCUCUAAUUGACUAUGACCCAACCGCCCAUGCAGAGGUAUCUGCGAUACGCAAGGCUUGUAAAGAACUGAAGACUAUAGACCUGACAGGCUGUCACAUCUAUACCAGUUGCUAUCCUUGUAGGAUGUGUAUGGCUGCCAUCUACUGGGCAAGGCUUGAAGCAAUCUUCUACGCAGUAUCUAUGGAAGAGUACUCGCAAGCUGCUAACUUUAAUAUAUGGACUAAAAUGAUGACAGAAGAUGAGGUGAAGCCUAACGAAGAGAGGACAAUUUAUCGUGAAUGGGUCAGUUCCUACGCUGAAGCGGCAAAGAAAGUUGGGGAAGAAUGGUUACUCAAGAAAGAAAAAGCAGAAAAAGCUUAGCGUAAUACCGUAGUGAGCGUUUGAUGGCGAGGCGUAAUAACAAAGAACUGGUAGAAAAAUGAUUUUCGAUAUAAAACUGAUUAUGUGAACUUUAGUUCUUAUAGAUAAAGAAAUUAAAAUUAGGAGUGGCUUGCAUGUUAUUGUCUCCAAAACUAGUGUCAGAUAUAUAUUGUUACAGACUGCGAGCAGUCCUCUUAUCUCCCUUAAUUAGACCAAUCUUAACUUAUGCAUGCGAGAUUUGGAGUGUAUAUCAAAAGCACGACUUUGAAAAAUGGGACAAAAAUCCGAUUGAAAAAGUUCAACUACGUUUUUGUAAAUAUUAUCUUGGCGUAAGUAAUAAGGCUUCGAAUAUU